AUGCUAGACGAGGAUGAUCCAAGGUUUCGCACACGUAUUGUUGAUUCCACGAUGGAGGCAGAACAUAUAAUGAAAAAGUCUGAAAACUUUUCAAAAGAUGACAGAAUAACUGUUCCCCUCAAAGAUGAUGUCAGUCUUAUCAAUGGUGUUCCUGAAGAACAUCUAUCUACACGUAUGGCACGCAUUUUCAUCCCGGCCAAAUCAGCCACACAAUCUGGUACACAUGGAACUCGGCUUUGGCGCGUAGAGUUUGACAAUCGUGAACGUUGGGAGAAUCCGUUAAUGGGUUGGGCUAGCUCCGGCGAUCCCUUAUCCAACCUGAUAUUACAGUUCAAAACUGCUGAAGAUGCCCAGGAGUUCUGUCGGAAACAGGGUUGGCCAUGUUAUGUAGAAGAACCGCACAAGCCAAAGAUGCGAAUGCAGUCCUAUGGUGUGAAUUUCUCGUGGAAUAAACGAACCCGUGUCGGCACAAAAUAG